AUGGUCGCAGCAGUAAAAAGGCUCGUUGUUGCCGGAGGCAACGGAUUCCUUGGGUCAAGGAUAUGCAAGUAUGCAGUGGGAAGAGGAUGGGAUGUUAUCUCUAUUAGCCGGUCUGGACAGCCCAAAUGGGACAACGUCACCUCAUCAGCAGCUGCACCGAGCUGGUCGCACCAAGUGACCUGGGAAAAGGGCGACAUACUCAAGCCUGCCACAUAUGCGCCAUUCCUGCAAGGCGCCGACUACGUCGUCCACAGCAUGGGCAUCCUGCUGGAAGCCGACUACAAAGGUCUCGUGUCUGGCCGCGAGUCCCCCAUCGCGGGCAUCCAAAAGGUCUUUGCCGCCACGAAGGACCGCGGUAUCAACCCGCUAGAGGUGAAACCGGGUGAGGAUAUCAAGCCUUCCAACCCUAGCGACCAGUUCUCCUACGAGGUCAUGAACAGGGACAGCGCCGUCGCCCUGGCUCGCCACGCCGCCGACGCCAAGACCAAGGCCUUUUGCUACAUCUCAGCGGCCGGCGGAUCUCCCAUGCUGCCCCAGCGCUACAUCACAACCAAGCGGCAGGCUGAAAACACCAUCGCGACCCAGUUUCCCGAGAUGCGAGGCGUCUUCCCCCGUCCCCCCUUCAUGUUCGACGAGUCGAGGAAGGUGACCAUGGGUUUGGCGGCCAUGGUCGGUGCCGGGGCGCUGUUCAACAAGGUCACCGGUGGGUACCUAAACACGUUCAUGGGCGCUGCAGGUGCCAAGCCGGCCAAGGUAGAGAUGGUUGCCGAAGCCGUGGUCGAGGCGCUUGCCGAUGAGGAGGUCCACGGGCCGAUCGAAACGGCACAGAUGGAGGACCUGGCGCACAAGGCUUGGAGGAGAACGAUGUUGUAG